AUGAAUAACGACCAAUUUCGUAAAUCUUCUGUUUUGUCUGUAUCAGAACGUAAUUCAAAUAGUGAGUUUUAUACAAAUACCGAAUCUGAUCCACAAAUAUCAAAUUCAAAGAAAUAUCCAUCGGAUAUCAAUGUCGACAAUACUUCAUCAUCAAUUACAUCAUUACCAUUUUCAAAUCAAUCAACAGACGAAUCCAGUUCAUUAUCAAUUCAAUGUGGUUUAGAAAAUAUGGGAAAUACUUGCUAUUUUAAUGUGAUUUUACAAGUCUUAGCUCAUACACCAAGGCUGACGGGUGAUAAUCCAUAUCAUUGUAAUAAGUGCGACCCUAAACCAAAUCCUAUAAUUACAACGUAUAUGUAUUCUACACCAUUAGUUUUAUUUAUUUCGCUAAAACGAUAUAAAGCAAAUGGUGAAGAAAAAUUGCAUUCUAAAAUUAAAUAUAUAGAAGAAUUAAAACUUGAUGAAUGGUUGAGUAAAGAUCAUUUGAAUACUAUUUCUGAUGAAAAGAAAGUUUAUCAUCUUUUCGCUGUCGUUAUUCAUAAUGGUAAUGAUAUGGAGAAUGGUCAUUAUAUUUGUUACGUCAAAGAUGAAAUUACUAAUAAUUGGUAUGAAGCAAAUGAUAAGUUGUUUAAAAAAGUUGUUUUCAGAUUUGACAAAACAGAAUCAGUCUAUCUUCUGUGCUAUGCACGAUCUGAUCUGAAUAAAACAAUAACACUUGAUAGUUUUAGUGAAGAACAUAUAUCGACAAUGUCAAUUAACAUUCCACAUAAGACUUCUAUAACUGAAGAAACUUUAAAUGUUUUAAAAAAUGAAGUUCAAUUUAAAUUUCAUGAGAAUGUACUUUCUUCCCAAAGAACUCUUUAUGCAUGGUGCGAAGCGUUGAAGUCUUCAAAUCCAGAAAAGCCGAAGUCCCCAACGCGUCUUUGGGUUAAAGGAGCACGUCAUGAUAAAGAUAAGACUAGUCAUCCAAAAUUAUCCGUAUGAUAUAAAUGAGUUGACUUCUAUUAUCUACAUACAUUUUGCAAUUUAUACUUUAGUGGAACAUUGAUGAAGGAUAUCGGAAACACUCUUGGUCACUGAAAUUGUAUCCGGUUACAGAAAGGGUUCCACAAAGUACCAUACAUUGCAAACAGUUGACAAAAAAAUUUUUACUACUUAAAAACGACGGAUCAUAUAAAUUGCUCGAUUCAAUCAGAAUUGAAUUAACACCAGAAGAUGUGUCAAAGGAACAUUAUACGUAAGAUUAAUUUUGUAAUUGGUCUUUACAGACAUAUAAAGAGCAACUCAAGUUAUUUUCCUUAAAUAUUUUAUUAAACAUUUUGACAAAAAUUUAGUUCGUUUUCUUUGUACAUACUUUGAUGAACAUCAGUCAGUAAGUGCGACAAUUUCUUGGAAGUAAUAGGUUAGUGUUUAGUUAUCAAAUUACCGAUAAUGAAUUCAUUGUUGGAUACAUAGUUUAACAUGACUAGUGAGAAAUUUUAAUUGCCUUCUCCAACAUUUACUCAUCAAACUUCAAUGUGAACUAUCACAUAUCCUAGUCAAUAGUAAUCAUAGAACUCGACGAAAUUUUUUAAUAUUCAAUUAGAGAUUCUAUAUCAACAACGUUUUGUUAUAAUAUAUAGACUGUUUUAUUACUACAUCUCACAAGAAUAACUACAGAGAAACUGGAGAAAUAUGUUACGAGAUAUAUAUAGAAUAAAACAGUUUCCUGAUGAUUAAUAUCAGUAAUUACCCAAUGUUUUACAUCUACAACGGGCAUCAUAUAGGUUAACAGAUUUUCCUUUAUUCGUAGACUAUUGGUAUGUGUUGUCAAUGAAAAUAAUGUAGUUCAUGCUAAACAUAAACAACUAAAGCAUUUGUACGAUUCUAAAACAAACAAGUUUUUAUCGUCAAAUGAUAGCAGAGUCCCAACUGAUAACAAUCACGAUAUCGAUUUCAACAAUUAUCAUUUGGUUGUUCAACUGUGUGUCGAUGAAAAAGAAUUAAAAUCAUGCAUUUCACAUUGUAUAGCUCCAGGUCAGUAAUGUUGACUACAUAAGUAGUAUUUAGUAAGUUUUGUUUGUUUCAGCUAAACGUGGUAAAGCAAACGAACGGAAACAAGCGAACGCAGAAUCAUCGAUGCCAACUAGAAAAAGACCUCAGGAUCAUGGAUGUCAUCGGACUGAAUCGAAAAAACAAAAACGUUAGGAUGUGAAAUUGACAAUAAGAUGUAAUUGGAAGAGCAGUGUCAAGUCUUAAGUGUGAAACAAUUGUUAGUGUAAUAAACUAACUUGAUAAAUAGGUGUUAUUGUUUUUGUUUUUGUUUUUAUGGAUAGUAAAAGAAUUGUUUGUUUUCGACCGGUUUCUCUUUAUUUAUUAAUAAAGUUCAUCAGGAAGUAAACAAGACUAAAAAGGGUGUGGGUGUGGGUGUGGGUGUGGGUGGGGUGUGGGGUGUGGGUG